CCAGAACAUAUUGUUUCAGAAUACCUCAUAUUAAAUAAUAAUAACUUAGAGCCACAAGUAGAUGGGGUUUAUAGACAACCAAGAAAUGAGAAAAAAAGAAAUACUGACAAUAAUCGACCUAUGAAAAAUGAUAGUAAAGCUGAGGAAGUGGAUACACCGGUAAAAAAUCAGGAAGAAACGGAAGAUUAUGUAUACAAACUGGCAAAAAAGGAAUUAGACAUACCAAUUGAUCAUCCCUUAACAGUAGUAAUAAUUGGAGUACAUGGAGAACAGAAAUGUUCUUUGAGAGAAGUAGAUGAGUUUCUAAUAACAGUUGGAGACAAAACAAUUACCUUCCGUGUAGUGGUAACAGAUGCUGAAAAUUAUGCUAUAAUUAAUAAAAAGAGAACUGAAAAGAAAAAGUAUAUAUCAGAAGAAGAAUCUGAAUCAGAAAAUAAUGAAAGUAAUAAAGAUGAUGACGAAUAUAAACAAAAAAAUCUAAGAGAGCAUAUUACUGAAGAAUGCAUUUUUAAUAAAAAUAGUGAGAUAGAAACUAUUUAUAUCUGUAGAGAAAGAGAAAAGAAAAACUUUAAUAUAGGUUCAUUAUCGAAUAAACAAGAAGUACAAGCAAGAACCUUAUUAACAGAAUAUAAGGAUAUUUUUAUGGAAGAAUCUGGGAGGUUAGAGAAGACUUCUAUGAUCCAAUAUAAAAUAUUUACUGAAGAAGGAUAUCCUAUCAAGCAGAAAUUUUACCCACUUCCAAGCCUGAACACGAUUUUAUCAAAACUAAAAUAUUGUGUAUAG